CAUGUUUCGUAGUAUCGCUUAGAACCAAAGCAAAUCAAAAGCGUAGAGAGAGAGAGAGAGAGAGAAUGGGCGGGUGGGCAAUAGCAGUGCACGGCGGCGCUGGGGUGGACCCAAACCUCCCAGUGGAACGCCAAGAAUAUGCCAAACAACUCCUCACUCGCUGCCUCAACAUCGGUAUCUCUGCUCUCCGCUCCUCCCUCCCUGCCAUCGACGUCGUCGAACUCGUCGUGAGGGAAUUGGAGGCGGAUCCUUUUUUCAAUUCAGGCCGUGGAUCCGCACUCACGACCAAAGGAACGGUGGAGAUGGAGGCCAGUAUCAUGGACGGGCCCGGGAGACGCUGCGGCGCCGUCUCGGGUGUCACCACCGUGAAAAGCCCCGUCUCUCUUGCCCGCCUUGUCAUGGAGAAGUCCCCCCAUUCCUAUCUGGCCUUCUCCGGCGCCGAAGAAUUCGCACGCCAACAGGGUGUGGAAACUGUGGACAACGAAUACUUCAUAACCGAGGAUAACGUUGGCAUGCUGAAAUUGGCAAAGGAAGCAAACACUAUCUUGUUUGAUUACAGGAUCCCUACCCAUGGAUUAGACACGUGCAGCGCAGCCGUGGACAGCCCACUGGUGAUGAAUGGCCUCCCGAUCAGCGUGUACGCGCCCGAGACUGUGGGGUGCGCGGUGGUGGACAGCAAGGGGAGGUGUGCGGCCGCCACCUCCACUGGUGGCCUCAUGAACAAGAUGGCGGGAAGGAUCGGAGACUCGCCCCUGAUAGGCGCCGGGACCUACGCCUGCGAGCUCUGCGGCGUGUCGUGCACCGGCGAGGGCGAGGCCAUCAUCCGCGGGACCCUGGCGCGCGAGGUGGCGGCGGUGAUGGAGUACAAGGGGUUCGGGCUGCAGCAGGCCGUGGACUAUGUGGUGAAGGAGAGGCUGGACAAGGGGAAAGCUGGACUGAUUGCCGUGUCUAAAGAUGGGGAGGUGGCUUUUGGGUAUAAUUGUGUGGGAAUGUUUAGGGGGUGUGCUACUGAAGAUGGGUUCAUGGAAGUUGGUAUUUGGGAGUAGAAUUUGAAUAUGGUUUUACCCUUGAGCUUUGGAUCUUGCUCUGGUGUUUUGUAAUGGUGCUAUUUAAGAAGGUUUUACUGUAGAAGUCCCUUCAAAAAAAAAAAAUGCUAGUAGUAAUCAGCAUUGUGUCUAACUAGACUUGUUUCUUGCAUCCUUUGGUGAGCUCGACUGAAUCUACUAAAUAGAAAAAGGCAAUGUUCCCAAA